AUAAUCGAAAUUGGAUAUUGAAAGUAGCGCACGCAAUUUGUGGCAAGUGCUACAUUCUCAGGAUGACAGCGAAGUUGCCGUUAGACUCUAACUAUGAUUUGGAGCAGCAGUUCAUUCUGCGAAUGUCAGAUACUCUCGCCGCUCAAAAUUUGGCAGCCGAUAUUGAGGCUGGAAUACCUUUCAAGGUUUGUACAGAAGACAUUAUUUUGGUUUCUAAUGAAUAUAUACUAAGGAUAAUAAACUAGUUACUUUAUUUUAGUUAUAUAUUAAAGUGCAUUUACUAUAUUCGGUGUUUUUAAGUGUUUAGUCUUCGAGAGAAGCGGCAUUAGUUCAACUGGCCCGUUAAUAAAAUACCGAAUUCAGUAGUUCGAACUGAAUUAUCAAUGCGGAACUGCACAAAAACGUUGCAUUUCAGGUUGAUACACAUAAUUGUUGAGAAGACCAAAAUAGACGACAAUAUCGGGGAGGAAUGAAGCGUAAAAUAUGGAAUAGCAAGGGUUUUCAGAACUCGGUAGUUGAAGAUAUGGGAAGACUUAAGGUCUUAACUGGUACUAUCGAUCAGUAAUCCACGUUGGCUGAGAAAACAGUGUGAGUAGUAAUAAAGUUCAGUGGUGUUAUAUAAGGUGGAAAGGUUGGACGAUGAAGUUGUGAGGAUUCCUCGAUUGAGGUGACUGCCACGUACGCCACACAUUCAUGGGCGAUGUUUGCGGAAAUGAGGUUAUCUUGGAGAACAUUUAAAGUUCGUACUGACGAAGGUGCUUACUGUCGAUCUAAGCCAAGUAUGGAUGUACAGACUGUCAAGCUGCGGUUAUCUGUGUGUUGAGAAUGAGUGGUUAAAAACUGCUGCAUCUACAGAGCUAAUUUUUACCAAUCCUCUGUGGUCCUUAUCUGACUUCUCUUUCCCUUUACGUCUUCCCCUGUUGUAGCUUCAUAUCAAUUAUUCUUUUCUCUUUGUGUACUUUUCAAAAGUGUGAUAAAUUGAAGUGAUGCCGUUUUGCGCAAUCUCCUACGCCACUAAUUUAGUUUAUUAGUCACGCCUAUUGAAAAAUUGGUGUAAUAAUAAAGUUAAUACGAAAUACCCCCAUAGUCAAGGUGCGACUUAUGUCGUUUAUUCUAUACCAUUUUAAAGCAUAUAUAACGUGUUCAUCGACUCUCCUUUUCUUCUGGGUUGGAAAGAAGGCAUUAAAGUAGGUUGAGUUUUGAAGUGACACGUCUUUGUGCUCCUGAAGUAAAGUUUUUCAAUUAUGAAUACUGAGUGUUGCAAUUAGAUCUAAGUAUUUCCAAUAAAUUGUGUUUAAACCUCUCCAACGAGGUAUCUCCAGACCCUAAAUUUCCUUAACUAAGUGAACUAAAUUUUCAACGUAGAACCUCAAACUAAAAUGACUCAGUUCAAGAUGUCACAUUCCAUUAAGCACAUGUAAACUUAAAGAAAAGAAAUACAGAGAAAAUAUAGUAAGUAGAAAUAAGUGAGAAAAGAAAUAAUUACUUAGGGAAUAAUAAGAAACUAAUGGAUCUGAGACCUCAAAUCGAUUGAGUGCAUCUGAGCCGUUGACAAUGAUUUCCUUUGAUAUCACCAAAAAUCUCAGUGUCACACGAGUAUUCAUGCUGGUUUUUUUUCUCAUUGGAUUGCAUUUCCACUAAUAAUAAGCAAGAUGGUAUGCAUUUUCUCAACUUAGGAAAAUUUUACCAUAGAAUUUAAACCAGAUAUGAGGCAUACAAUUGUUCGAUAUAACGGGCAAGUAUAUCAAGGUCAGAUUAUGGAUCUUCCGUGUAUCAUCGAAUCGUUAAAGACAACAGAUAAAAAGAAUUUUUAUAAAACAGCUGAUAUUUGUCAAAUGAUGAUAUGUACUCAAGGAGAUGAAACUGGUCCUCUUCGUGGUACAGCUGCAUAUUUAGACAAUCGUCCAGGUUCACGUAAUAAAACUUUUGAUAUUGGUCAUGAAAAUCGUGAAUUUCAAUAUCUUCAUGGGAUAACUCCACCGCUGAAAAAUGUUCUACACCGACGAUUUCGUAAAACACGUAGAAAGCGUUUUGUAGAUAUGCCUAAAAUUGAAAAAGAAGUGAAACAAUUACUUCGGGCCGAUUUAGAAGCAGUUAGUGUAAAAUGGGAAGUAAUCUGGACUGAUCCACCAGCUCCGAUAGCACGAGCUAAUGCAGGCAAUAAAUCGAAUACAUUAAACACUGAAUCUGGUGAUGCCAAUGACCAGUUAGGCAAUCAACAUCCAACAGCUGAUGAUGAAAUAGAGGAUGAAGAUGAGGAUGGCACUCGAGCUUACGCCAUCGACCACCGUGAUGUAUUUGGUGAAAUCAGUAGCAGCAGUCUUGGCUCAUCUAGUGAUAGUGAUGAUAGUAGUGGGAGUAGUCAUGGCGGUGAUCGUCGUAAUCCUGGUGAUCGUCGUGGUGGUCGUCACGCAGGUAGCAGUGGUCAUCCUAGUGAUAAUGAAAAUGAUAAUGACCCGUUGUCAUCAUCGAUGACUGGUGAUAAUAACGAGAAGAGUAAAAGUCAAACAUCUACACAAAAUCAAAAUUCUGGAAGUGUAGUAGAGUUGGGUCAGUCGUCUUUUUCUUCUUCCACGAAUGUAUACAACAAGAGGAAGUCUACUCUAACUCCUGCUACUGUUGAUGAUAUCUCUACUGAUGUUCCAUUGUCUGAAUCUAAUAAUAAUAACAAUGACUGUAUUAAUAAUAAUAAUAAUAAUUUUGGUAGCCUUAAAGAUGAACUAGCUGCAGAACUCCUUUUAUCGGACUCUGGUGAUGAAAAUGACGAUUUGAAUAAUGGUGAUAAUGAUGAGGAUGAUGUUGACAACGUCGACAACGAUGAUGAUGAUGAUGACGGGGAUUUACAGACAUCUGUUGUCGCUGAAUUAGUUGCAAAUUCUUCGUCUAAUUUAAAUUCUACAAAUAUGGAAGGUUUAAAUGAAUCAUUGCAUCGUCUCGGUGGCAUGAUUGGUACAGAUUUAGAUGAUUUAGAUGGGGUAGUAGAUGAAGACGACGACGAUGAUGACGAUGAAGAUAAUAUUAUCCAUAGAGGCGGGGAGCUACUCGAUGAUAGUGCAUUUAUGGGUUUCCAUAAUAGUAGUAGUACUAAUACUACUACUACUAAUGUUCAUGGACAUCGAACAACAACGGUAACACCAUCAACAAUUGAUGAUUAUCACAGCGUCGUGUUCAAUGAAGACAUAGAUGACAUGGAUAAUGAGGAUACGUUAUAAAAAUUUAACAAAGAGUUCACCUGCGCGUUAUUCCAACGGAACCAAUUUAUCUUUUACUCAAAAUGUACAGAUAUGUUUUUUUUUGUAUGCAACUUGUAUAGUAUUCACAUAUGCACGCACAAACACACACACACGCACACUGACAUGCUUUUUUUGCAAAUUUUACUAAGUGAUUUCAAAUUUUGUAAAUAUAACUUCACCUUCUUUUGUAUAUAUUGGAGUUAUUUACAUG